AUGACGAACAAAAGUAAAUGUAAAAGACGCCAAAAUAAAAAUAAAAAGCGUUCAAAUAAAGAUAGUAAUGUCGAAGAAAAAGAACUAACAGCGGUUGAGAAAUCCGAAGAAGAACUUUCGAAUUCUCAUGCUUCUAAUUCCACAACCGUGACAUUUCAAUUAUCACCAGUCGUAGCAAACAUGAUACAGAUUUAUAUGAUAGAUAUAGGUGUUUAUAAGAUCAAUAUAAUUCAAUGGUUAAAGAUAGUAGAAAAAAAUUUAUAG